AUGAAGUGCGUCGCUCUUGUUACGUCCUUCCUUUCCAUGACAAUGGUUCUGGCUCUUCCUGCCGAUGUAGGAUGUCCUACCAAAACGAUCACCACCACCAAAUACGUCCCGACCACCACAACGAUUACCAAAUACGUCCCGACCACCAAAACGAUUACGUCCACCAAGAAGGUCACCACCACCAAAACGACGACGGUCCCGACCACCGUUACGUCCACCAAGAAGGUCACCACCACCAAAACGAAGACGGUCCCGACCACCGUUACGUCCACUAAGAAGGUCACUGUCACCAGAACAGUCAAGGGAGGUUGUCGCAAGACCCACCACCCCAGGCCACCCUACGGCAACCCUAGAUACAAGGCUGAAAACGACGAGACGAAGGAUGGAGAUGCCGAAGGCAGCGAGGCCCAGGACAGCGAGGCCCAGGACAGCGAGACCCAGGACGGCGACACCCAGGACGGUGAGACCCAGGACGGCGACACCCAGGACGGCGAGUGA